GUAAACUUUCCUGACGUAGAAAAAGUGGAAUGGCUAAACAAGGUUCUGCAGCAGGUGUGGCCCUUCGUUGGCCAGUACUUGGAAAAGCUGUUGGUGGAAACUAUUGCUCCAUCCAUCAGAGCCUCCACCACUCACCUUCAGACCUUUAAUUUCACUAAGGUGGACAUGGGAGACAAGGCCAUGAAGGUUGUGGGAAUCAAGGCCCACACAGAAAACGAUAAAGGACAAGUCCUGUUAGAUCUCUACAUCAGUUAUGUUGGCAAUGUUGAGAUUAACGUUGAAGUGAAACGAUACUUCUGCAAGGCUGGAGUCAAAGGAAUACAGCUUCAUGGGAUGAUGCGUGUGAUUCUGGAGCCUCUGAUUGGCGAUGUGCCCAUUGUGGGCGCAGUCACUAUGUUUUUCAUCCGUCGUCCUAAACUAGACAUCAACUGGACUGGACUGACAAAUCUGUUUGACAUUCCGGGUGUGAAUGCCAAGUCCGACAGCAUGAUUAUGGAUGCCAUCGCUUCAUUCUUGGUGCUGCCUAACCGGCUGGUUGUCCCACUGGUUCCUGAUUUGCACUUGGCCCAGUUGCGCUGUCCUCUGCCCAGGGGUGUGGUUCGAAUUCACCUGUUAGAGGCUCAGAAUUUGCCAGCCAAUGACCACAACGUGAAGGGGGUGAUGGCCGGCCUGUCCGACCCCUAUGCCGUUUUGAGGGUGGGGCCUCAGACAUUUACAUCCAAACACAUUGACAAUACGGACUGUCCCAAGUGGGAAGAGAUGUAUGAGGUGAUAGUCCAUGAAGUGCCUGGUCAGGAGUUGGAGGUGGAGGUGUACGACAAAGACCGAGACCAAGACGAUUUUCUGGGAAGGACCAAACUGGAUUUGGGCAUUGUUAAAAACUCCAUUGCCGUGGACGAUUGGUUCACACUGAAGGAGUCUUCAUCUGGACGGAUUCACUUCAGACUCGAGUGGCUCUCAUUGCUUUCCACCACUGAUAAAUUAGAACAGGUCUUAAAGAGGAAUGAAACCGUCACUGGAAAAAAUUUGGAGCCACCUUCUUCUGCCGUUUUAGUCGUGUAUCUGGACAAGGCUAAGGCACUUCCUGUGAGUCAAACAUCACUACCAUAUUUGUGUGUGGUGCAGAGUUGAUUUCUGUUUCGAGCCUUAAAUGGCUUUCUUCAUCU